AUGAUCGGCAAUAUCGGCCAACGCGAGGAAGAACUCGACCUUCGUGGUGCCGAAGUCUACGCCGCAGAGCAACGCCUUGCUGCUGCACAAGCCGAUCUAAGAGAACGUACAGAUGCAGUGAACGUGCGCGAACAGCAAAUGCAGCGACGUGAACAAGCGCUCUUGGAGGCUAGGAACGCGCUUUCCACCCAUGACCAAACAAACCACGAGCGUGAGCAAGCCUUUACAAUGUUCGAAGAAGGAAUGCUUCGACAAUUGGAAGACAACUAUAACAGCAUCGCCUCGACAGUCGGCCAGAUGCGAAGAGCGGUGGGCAAUGCUCAACGCAUCCUUACCAAUCGUCGCCAGCAAGUUCUUUAUCAUGAAAACCUCUCCAAUGCCAUGCAAGACACUCACGGCCAAGGCAGAUAUGGCGGUUCCAUUGCUAUCGACGGCGCCAUUGGUGCCCUAGGAGGUCUGGAUCACAUGCUCGCAGAGAACGAGAUUGCACUCAACGCCCAGAUCCACAAUGCCAUACGUCCUAAGCAACCUUAUUGA